AUGAGGCUCCCAAGGUGUCUCAUCCUCCUCUUCGCCCUCCUCCUUCCAGCAGUACAGGCGGCGAUCCUCGCCAUCGACUAUGGAGCAGAGUACACCAAGCUCUCCCUUGUCAAGCCUGGCGUGCCGUUUGAUGUCCUUCUCGACAAGGACAGCAAGCGUAAGAUUAGCUCGGUCGUCGGCUGGAAGCGCGAGGACCGUGUGUUCGGACAGGAAGGCAAGCAGGCGGCUACUCGGUUCCCCCACACCCAUUUCCCCUAUGUCAAGCCUCUGCUAGCUGCUGGGGAGGUCCCCCAGCUCGCUCUUUGGCCCAACCCCCCAUCGCUCACCGACGAGGGCACUCUGAUCUUCCCCCACCCCAAGACGCCCAACCAUGUCACUCCUGCCCCCAACUCGCACGACGAGGUGUGGUCUCCCAUCGCUCUUCUCGCCCACCAGAUUGCCUACUACCGUUCCCUCGCCGAGUCUGUGUCCGAGUCCGAGGCCGUCACCCAGGCUGUUGUCACCGUCCCCGCUUGGUGGACCCAGUCCCAGCGUCGCGCCUACCGUGAUGCCCUCGAGCUGCAGGGCAUGUCCUGCCUCGCCAUGAUCGGCGAAGGCACCGGUGUCGCUCUCAACUACGCCAUGACCCGCACUUUCCCCGACUAUGACCCCGAGACUGGCCUUGGCAACAAGGAGUACCACAUUGUGUACGACUCGGGAGGUCUCUCGACCUCGGCCACCCUUGUCGGCCUCUACCAGACCUCGUACAAGCCCUCUCCCAAGUCCAAGACCCUCAUCAACACCACGCACAUUGACUCGCUUGCAGUCAGCUGGGAGGAUGUGGGCGGUGUUCACCUCGACAUGGCCAUUCGUGACAUGCUCACUGCCGACUUUGUCGCCAAGUCGGGCAAGACGGACGCCGCCAAGGACGCCCGCGCUCAGGCCAAGCUCCAAAAGGAGGCCGUCCGCGUCAAGCACAUUCUGAGUGCCAACCAGAACAGCAAUGUCAACAUCGAGUCGCUGUACGACGACGUCGACUUUAAAUCUACCCUGUCCCGUGCCGCCCUCGAGGGCCACUUUGACAACGCCACUCAGUUUACUGCUCCCGUCUUCUCGGCGCUCAAGAGUGCCGGUCUCACUCUUGACGACGUCACCUCCAUUAUCAUGUUUGGCGGCAACUCGCGUGUUCCGUUCGUCCAGGCGGCUCUCCGUGACGCUCUGCACGACAAGGAGGACCUUAUUGCGCAAAACGUCAACUCUGACGAGGCCGCUGUUCUUGGUGCUGCCUUUUACGCCGCCGGUCUCAGCCGCCAGUUUAAGAUGAAGUCGAUCGAGGUUUCGGAGCGCAGCGUCUACGACAUUUCGCUCGGCGACGAGGUCAUCUUCCCCGCCGGCACCCCUCUCGGCCAGCGCAAGUCGUUGCUCUCCAAGCCCGAGACGGACCUUGAGCUCGAGUUUUCGCAGUCGGGCAACCCCAUUCUUUCCGUCACGUACGCCGAGCUUGACAAGACCGUUGCCAACUUUACUUCGCCUUCGCCCGUUGUUAACACCACCAUCCGCCUCGACUCGCGUGGAAUCCUUUCGGUCGCCAACGCCAUCCUCGUCUCCAACGAGACUGCCACUGAGCCCGCUACCGGCAACGGUGGUGUUCUCAAGGGUCUCUUUGGCGGCAAGAAGGAUGACAAGACUGCCGAGGGUACCGAGGGCGGCGACGACGCCAACGCCACCGAGACCCCCGCCGCUCCCAAGGCGGAGCGCGUCCCCAUCAAGUUCCGUGAGCGUGCUCUGGGCAUCAAGGGUCUCACUGGCGUCGAGAAGCGCCAGACCCAGCAGCGUCUUGCAUCGAUUGCCACUUUUGAGGCCGCGAUGCGUGCCCGCGAGGAGGCGCGCAACAUCCUCGAGGGAUACCUGUACCGCCUGUCCAACCUUCUUGAGGAGGACGCCGAGAACCGUGCGCUUCACGAGUUUGCCACCGACUCGGAGCGCGCCAACCUCAAGGACCUUGUGGCCGUCACCUUUGACUGGCUCCACGAGAACGCCGAGGACGCCGACGUCAAGACUCUUUUCGGCAAGCGUACCGCCAUUGAGACGCUCGAGAGCCCCAUUGUCACCCGCUUCACCGAGUACCAGUCGCGCGGCAAGGCCAUUGAAAACUUCCAAAAGGCAAUGUUCGCCGGCCGCGCGUUUGUGGUCGAGGCCACCAAGAACCGCACCGAGGCGCUCGAGGCCGUUGCCACCGCCCCCGCCGACAAGCCCGUCGCCCCUCCCAAGUUUACCCAGGAGGAGCUCGACAGCGUGAGCACCCAGCUCAAGGACAACGAGGAGUGGGUCGACGCCCUGAUGGAGGAGCAGGUCAAGAUUGAAGAGGACAAGACGUCCAACCCCGUCAUCUUCACGAAGGACCUCGACGAGCGCGGCAAGAAGCUGCAGGGCACCGUCCAGCGUCUGGAGAAGAAGAAGAACCCGCGCGCGCCCCGCCCGCCCAAGCCCAGCGCGGCGGCCAAGGACAAGGAGCCCGAGGCGGCUGAGCCUACCCCGGCCAAGGAGGAUCCCGAGGUCGACGAGUCGGCCACCACCUCGUCGGCUGCGCCCGAGACCACCACAGCGGACGCGGGUCACGACGAGCUCUAG